UGCUAAUAACUUGCUGCUGGUGAUAUUUUAAUAACUCACGAUGAUUUAUGAUUUAUAUGAUCCUUCUCAACAUCAGCAGGGAUGGACAACUUGUCUGGCCCAACGCCUUGUCGUGUUUCAGCCGGUUGCAGCCAAUGGGCUCGGCGGUUGGUUCCUAGUCAUCUUUUAGGCCCUGCCAGUGCCUGUUCGCCACGUCCGUCUUGAAAAAAUUAAAAUAAAAUAAAAUAAAAUUAUGACUAUUGGUGUCUUUGUGAGCUAUACCUUGUUCCUUUCCCGCGCCAGGGUCUGUCUCUUUUCUCCGAUCCGCUCUUUGUGUGGGUUUAAUAUCAAAUCCGUAAUCAAAGUGUCGGCGCCCAGUCUGCAACCAAUCUCCCUCCCUCCCCUCCCAGUCUGUCACAACGGUACGGUACCUGGCAGGCUUCACGGGGAAUCGCUUCCUUCGUUUUGCCGCUCCUUUGUUUAAAUAACUCCCGGCACAAACACCGGGCAUUCCGUGUUCAUCUGGGCUCUACACCGGUAUAACCCGGUGAAUGACAAAAAAAUAAAAAAAUUCGCCGUGUUGCAGAACAAUAAUGAGGCGGGGGGUUUUUCUUGGUCCUCUUGAUCUACAUUUUUUCUUUUUUCUUCUUCAUCUCUUUUUGAUAACGCCAAAACUCAUCGCGCUUUGACUGCGAUUGGGAUUGUCCCUAAUCCCAGACUCCAAUGGCACGCCAGCGGUGACUUUUCUUAGCCCCAACUUCCAAGUGGUUGGCAAAUGCCCCCACAGGCCCGCGCGAUGAUGUUCUAGCCAAUUGGACAUUUUCUGCUCUGUCCUGUCCGUGGUUAACCUUCAAUGAAGACCCGCCAUGAACCCUUGGCUAGAAGCCUUCUGUCUGCCAUGCUUCGCAUAGCAUAGCGAGGGAGAGUUAACAGCCGUUUUAUACCCAGAUUACUGAACCGUGGCUGCAGCACACGUCACCCACUCGCCGCGUCAGGUACCGGUUGUUGCCCACCAAUAGUACCGCCCCUGUUCCUGAAUUUUCGGGCCAUAAUGGCGAGGUUCCAGGCUUCAAGGGCGAUUUCACCACACCCCCUCAGUGCCCUCCCCCGGGGGGCGAGAAUUGAUAGUUGGACCGGUCCCAAGGCCAGCAAUCAAUCACUUUUCCGUUUAUGUCUCCCAGAUCUGGGUACUUCCGGUUGCUGCAAUCUACCUGGCACCCGUGUCUUGGGGAUGUUCAGAGGCGGGAAGCCACUUCCUGGGCGUAACGCCAGGCCCUGGCGCUUGCUCAACCAGGAUCUCCGGGGCGUAUAUAAAGACCCUUGCAUUCCCACUGGCGAUGGCUUUUCGUCAAUUUAUCCCUUUUAUCCGUCCCUUCCUUUGCGUACAGCAGACCAACCACACUCCUUAUAUUUUCCACCACUUCUGGUCUCUGCACGAUAUCAAAAAGAUAGAAAAAAUCCACACUCGCUUUCUGACGCCGGCGUUCAAAUAACAUAUAUACAUAUACAUAUAUCCAACUACAUACUCAUCCUUCCUUUCGUCGCAAGCAUGCAACUGAAAACCGUCAUCGCUCUCCUUGGAGCUCUUGCUCCCCUCAGCCUGGCCCAGCCCCAUGGCCACCACCACCGUCACAUCUCCAAGAGACUUGAAUGGACCACCGUCGUAUCCGACAUCUUCACCACCGCCGGCUUCGGUGGCCGCGCCGCCGCCAACACUGGGAGCAUCGACACCUACUCAGGCAACGUCGGCAACCCCUGGGGCAGCAACAUCAUCGAGGUCUCCGAAAGCGACGCCUCCAGUUACAAAUACGUAGCACAAAUCAAGGGCCAGAACACAGAGCCAUGGACUGUCGUCUUCUGGAACAAAAUGGGCCCAACCGGCAAGCUUGAUGGCCACUACGGCAACAGCGCCCUUACCUUCACCCUGAACGCGGGCGAGACCAAGUAUGUCGCCUUCGACGAGAACACCCAAGGCAGCUUUGGCGCCUACCCUGGCGACAGUCUGCCCAAGAACAACUAUGGCGCAUACGCGUGCACGUGGGGUGAAUUCGACUUUGGUAGCACACCCAACAAGGGCUGGUCUGGAUUUGACGUUUCCGCCAUCCAGGCACAGCUGUCCAAUAUGCCAGUGCAAGGCAUGAAGAUGUGCGAGGUUGGCGGUGUUUGCUCGACUGUCACUGGAGCUGGAGGAUUCGAUAAUGCCUACGCGGCCAAGGACCAUGCCAUUGGUGGCAUUGGGGGCAACCUACCUCCUGGCCCUGUCCGCCUUGAGGUUAUCAUCGCCUACCAGGGAUAAAAUAAAGAACUGGGGAGGGAGUCCACUUUAGAAUAUCCUGGUUGAUAUAUGCAAUACCCGAGUCAUUCUUUUGACUAUUAUUGACCAUUAUACUUUCAUUCUUUCAAUGUAUAUAUUUUUUUAUCUUAUCACUCUUUUUUUGACUAUGAACAGAGGCGUCUGCGGUGGGAAACCCGUUUUUCUGUCCAUACAUAUAUAGGAAACGGGUUAAAAGGCGUUUAGAUAUGCGUCUCGAAAAAUAUUUCACAAAUCCAUUCGCUUACUUCCUGUUCAGUCAAAAAAAAUAAAAGGAAGGAAAGAGAUGAUCAACUACAUCCCUCUCCCCCCUUUUUUGUUUUUAGGUAUCAAAUAAUAAUUAACCGGUCACCUACCUGCCUGUCAACUAGGAAAAUGGUGCAUGUCCAACAUGGAUGCAUGCCACCGUCUUCCGAGUUCUGCCCCUGCAUAUCCGGGUAAGCUCCCUUUCCGAUCCAUGGAUCCCUCAUGGCAUGGGGUGGAAAACUUUCGUGUAUGCUCGACGGCGAUUGUAGCACACUUACGUAGCGUAG